CACGGCCCGCCGCGCGCCCCCGCGCACACCCGGGUGCCCUGCUCCUCGCCCCCGGCGGCCCGCACGGCCCGGCCCCGCGGCGGCGACGAUGCUGCCCAGCUCCAUCCAGAUCUCCGGGGAGCCGCUGUCGAGCGCCGAGGUGCGGGACAUCUGCCGCGGCCUGCGGGACAACGCCGUGCGCCUGCUGUCCCUGCGCGGCUGCCGCCUCUGCGACCGCGACUUCGCGCGUAUCUGCCGCGCCCUGGCUGGAGCCUCGUCCCUGGCGCAGCUGAACCUCAACCUGGGCGUCGUGUCCAGCCCCGGGCGUGUCAAGCAGCUGGCUGAAGCCCUGAGAGUCAACCGCUCCGUCCAGUCCCUCUUCCUUCAUGGGAGCCCCCUGACAGAUGCUGGAUUGGCCCUGCUCAACCCUGCCCUGGCUCUGCACCCUGCCCUUGUGGCCCUAGACUUAGGUGACUGCAUGCUGGGGGAUGAAGCCAUCAACCUCAUCUGUGGUCUCCUGCCCCCUGACGGGGCUAAGUCAGGCCUUAAGGAGCUGACCCUGAGCGCCAACCCUGGAAUCACCCCUAAGGGCUGGAGCAGACUUGCCAUCGCCGUGGCCCACAGCUCCCAGGUCCGAGUCCUCAAUCUGGACUACAACCCCCUGGGUGACCAUGUGGCAGGGAUGUUGGCCGUGGCUGUGGCCUCCAGCCGCACCCUUGAGGUCCUGGACUUGGAAGGGACUGGGCUUACCAACCAGUCAGCCCAGACCCUGUUGGACAUGGUGGAGAAUUAUCCCACGGCCUUGCGGAGCCUGGUGUUAACUGAGAACAGCAUCAGUCCAGAGCUGCAGCAGCAGAUUUGUGACCUGCUGUCAGAGGGUGAAGAAGAAGAGGAGGCGGCUGCCUCGGGAGAUGGUGGCCGGGUCCAGGAGAGGGAUCGAGAUGGGGAACUCAAUGCCCGCCCGAGGGGCGGAUCCUGGAUCUGCCCCAGAGAUCCUGGCUCCCAGAUGGUACUGAUGACAUCAGGGCUGGGAGAUAGUCUGUUGGCUGAGACUGAGAUGUGAAUCCUGCAGUUCCACCCUUACCCCCAAACCCCUUGCCUCCACCAUGUGCCCCUGUGUGUGUCCUCCCAUGUGUACAUGUCUACACAUGCCAUUGUGAGCAGGGCAAAGCCCUCGCGUCUCAGGAGGGGUGAUACCCAGGGCUCUGGAAGCCCCCUGGCCCCAGGGUGGGCAGAUGGGUGGCCCUGGUAUCUGUGAUUGACUAAAUGGCCUUGUGGCACAUUUGUUCCCAGGGCAAUACCCCUAGCUGCAUUGGCAGCUCUGGCUGCAGCCCGCUGGCUCGGUAGAUUUUAUAAACUCCACAACCCAAUGUGUGGCUAUGGUCACUGGGGGUGGGUAGGAGAGGCUCCAAAGGACUCUGGAGAAAUGACAGUGGCCAGCAGGCACUGUCCGCAUCCCAAGAGCUCCUGAAGAACCCGAAUGUGGUCACCACUAGGGUGCAGUGCUGCUCCUCGACUCCAGCACUGGGACUCAUUUUAAUCAUUUUGGGUCACAUUUCUGUAGCCCUGGAGUUACAAAGCUUUUAUACACAUUUAAUCUUGACAACACUGUAGGUGGGUAGUGCUGUUAACCUCAUAAAGCUAAAUAACUCCCCCAGGAUCACAGUAGUGAGUCACCUUAGUCAAAAUUCACUUACUACCUCCUGAUCCUAGUGGGCAAGUCAGUUUCAACCGUGAAAUGAAGGGGCUCAACUAAAAACCUUCUGAGGUCCUUUCCAGCUCUAAAUCUGUGAUCCUAAUUGGCAGAAUCAGGACUCUUUAACUCA